UUAUUUUUGAUUGAGUGCAACGUGAAAAAGCACCUUUAUAGCACAGAAAACGAUAUACAGAACAGCAUCUGAUGUUUCAUUUCGUUCAUGGAUGUCAGUGCGUGUGAAAAAAGUCUCGAUACGAUUGCAUGCGAUGCAUGAGCGAUUGUAUUUCAAUAUGGCGAACCGCGACAAAGGACGCAGAAAGUGGGGAGGAUUUUCACAAGAACUGAUGAGUUCUAAGGUAGAGAAAGAUAGAAUGGCGGGGAUGCGUGGCGGAGGGAAUAGAGCAUCCCAGGCCUUAUACAGACCAGGAAGUGGCCCUUUACGUAAGUCAGGCAGAUCCAGUAGCGUCACUGAUGAAUACGACAACGAAAACGGCGCGCAAGAAAAAUCCAGAUCAACCUCCAUCCAAAAUCGUUUGAGACAGCCACAAUCCAAUCGGUCCAAUCAAGCACAGGAUAGUCCACCUUUAUCACAAAUUGAUAAUGUAACAGAAAAACUGGACAAUACCCAUAUUGACUAUAGAAGUAGCAGCAACAAUGAAUCCGUACAGAGCAUUGGUCAGAAUAGUAGCGGAGGAGGAAAUGAUCCGAAAAGGAAAAAUAGAAAACCUGAGCAAUUGCUGUAUGUACCGAAAAAAGUAAAGGAAGCAAUGGAGAUGGAUGGAUCGAAUAGAUCUCCCAGUCGCAAUGUUUUGGAACGAGAGAGAGAAGACAGCGAUGAUCGUGACUCCCACUCCAAUCGUAGUCAUAAAAGCGAUCGUAACCGCCCGAGCUUUCACAGUGCGCGAGACAAUAACAAUGAAGGCAGAGGUAGAGAGGACAACAGUAAACGAUACUCGGGUAAUCGCCGACAUCGUCACGCCAACGAGAACGAGGAGCGUUGGCGAUUCGAUUCGCCAGUGUCGGCUAAAAACUGUGCGAAUCGAAAGGACAAUCUGCGCGAAGUUAGACAAGGCUCGGAACCUUUAUCUGUGACCAACCAGAAUGAUUUUAAUCGUACGAGAGACACGCGCAGUGUGGAACCUGCUGGACAUCCGGAUAAGUUUCAAGGGAAGCCACCCUCGGGCAGGCGUAACAAUGGGAAAGAAAGUUUGGUGAAAAAUACCAAGUUAGAAUCUCUGCCACCACGAUUGCAAAAGAAAUAUCUCAUUGACAAUGGAUAUGCGUUGCCCAGUAAUAAUCCGGGAACGUCCGCAGAGGAGUGUUGGAAUGGUACCAGUGUUGUAUUUCAGGGAUCAUCCAGUUACAAUUAUCCACCAGCGAUUCAACAUUCGCAAACGAUGCAAAGCUUGCCGCCAUCCGGGCCUUUACCGCCACAAUCUCAUUGGGCGAACACCGUACCGGUGAGAGGCAGGGGAAGAGGUAGACUCAGACCCGAGGACAUGGAUGGUACAGCCAGUGGCGUUUUUAGACCUGUAACUCCUGAACAGUACUCCGCGCCGAGCUCAAGAUCCCAUACACCCAGCCAGGAGUAUAUGAAUCGGUCUUACGAUCGUCGCGGUAGUAACAGCACUAUGUACACCAGCAUGGAAAGCUUGAGCCGCGCCGAUAGCGUAAUGAUGCCGCCGCCAUCGUCCGCAUCGCCCGCAACGUCGCAAUCGAAUUCAAAUAAAGGCCACAGGUCACCCGAAAGUCAUCGUAAAGGCACACUAUCACCGACCAACAAUCGCAACACGCAAAGAACUAUAAUCAGCAAUACUCAUGACCAUAAUUCUGGCCUGGAUAAGCAGGGCAAUCAAUCAGCCAUGAGACAUAGUUUCACAAAAAGCGAUUCAUUUCAUCCAUCAUCUAAUACCGCAUCUGAAAACUUUGACUGGAGUGAAGAGGUUGAGUUGAACGAAAAAUUAGAACAGGAGCAUCUAAGCCGUAGCUCGUCUGUAUUGAGUAUUCGCGAGGGCGCAAAUAUGCCGCGAAGUCAGGCCGUAGGCGAGAGUCACAAGCGACGUAAAAAGAAAAAGCGCGAUAAGCAGCGUGAUACCGAUCGUGCCAGUAGCAGAGACAAAGGACGAGGCAACAGUCGCGAGCGUCAAAAGAACCAGCAGAAUCGAGAGAACAACAACUACAACAAUCAAAAGAAUAGUAAUAAUAACAAUAACAGCAAUAGGCGGUACGAUCACAGGAGGCGUAGUAUUAUUCAACGUAGCCGGGAAUCGAGUAAAGAAAGAAGUUACGGUAGCAGUUACAGAAAUUUCGACGAUCUCCAUAGACGAAGAACCGAUAGGUACUUAGAUGAAGAUUGGAGAACGGGCAGAAAGAUAUCGAUUUGCGAUUCGGACGACGGGAGACAAACCCCUAAAGUUUCCUCUCACACGGCACCACUUUCCAGCGCAAAUUCGAACUCAACCGCGCAUCGAUCAUCUCCAACGGGAUACAGCAAUGCUCAGCCGGGCGUUUUGAUCUUGCCUAAUGACGCUAAUCAGUCGCCGCCCAAUCAAACGAUCUCAGCUUCUCAGCAAGGAGCCGGGCAACAGCAGAGAACGCUGUUCGACCCGAAUAACCCGCAUAAACCCAUUGUUAUCACCUCACCUGGAAGUAGAGCAGCUGUACAAAGGGACAACGAUAUGCAAGUUUCUAGCGUUCCGGUAUUCCAGUCUAAUACAUCGUCGCAUUAUUCUUUCCAAAGCGCCCAACUAGACGGCAUGCCACCGCCGUAUAUGAACGACCAAGUCGGAAAUACGAGACCUUCGUGGUAUGACCCGUAUUCACCCAGUUUUCACUCAGCAAAGAAUCACUGCCUUCUCUUGGACAUAGAGCGCGCCGAUCUGGAAUUACAAUGGAUAUUAAGUUCCGGUGGCUUUACGUCGCGUUUGGAAAGAGUCUCAUACAUACGACACUUCCUUCAACUGAGCUUGAAAAUCUUACUGGAGACCGAUAUCAAGUUCUGCCAAGCGGAGAACGUCGAGCAACACUUUUGGAAGAUAUUGUUUUAUAAUUUAAUCGAGAUGUUGCGAAAAGCGAUGCCCAAAGAGAAUUCGGAAGGACGAGAGCACUACAAGCAGAUAAUGUUGAAUAUCAUUGACGAGGGCACCACUUAUCUGGAAAGUUUAUUGACCACUCUUGAAACUACGUACGAAUUCAAGUUGGACACAUUUCUUGCGUCGUCGAGCUUACCUAAAGGUCUCGGACUUUUGGGACUGGCUUUAGUCAGCGCGCAAAAGAUAUUUCUGUUCUUGGGAGACUUGGCGAGAUACAAGGAGCAAGCAAACGAAACGAGUAACUAUGGAAAAUCGAGGCAAUGGUAUCUCAAAGCCCAGCAAAUCAAUCCUAAAAAUGGCAGACCUUACAAUCAGCUUGCCUUACUAGCACAUUAUGCAAGACGGAAAUUGGAUGCUGUAUAUUAUUACAUGCGAUCUCUUAUGGCGUCCAAUCCGUUUCACUCUGCUAGAGAAAGUCUCAUAGCGCUCUUCGACGAAAACAGAAAGAAGUAUCUACAUUAUUACGAGUCUAUCGAACGUAAGCGGAAGGAAGAGAGAGAAUCGAAGGAGCGGGCAAGGAUGAAGGAGAAAGAAGGCGCGAACAUAAUCGGCGGCGGGCUGAGAAGAGAGACGUGGAUUCAUCCAGGCGACGGUAGACGAGUGCGGCGUACAACGAGCGAAAUCAUCGAGGCCAGACUGUCCCACACAAGUGACUUGGAGGAAUUAUCGCAAUUAACGAGUGUCGAGGUGAACAAACGAUUCGUUACUUCGUAUCUCCACGUUCACGGGAAGCUCAUCACUAAAAUAGGAAUGGAAACUUUUCAAGAAGCUGGCGUUCAAAUGCUAAAGGAAUUCAGAGCUCUGUUGCAACACUCACCGCUACCGCUUCCUGGUACUCGUCUACUUCAACUCUUGGCGCUCAACAUGUUCGCGAUCGAGACCACACAGUUGAAGGAUUCCCAAAUGGAGCAAGGCUAUCGAUCGGAGGUUCAGGAGCGAGCGCUCGUCGUAUCACUGCAGAUGUUCAGUCUGAUCUUGGAACGCGGUGUAUCCCUUCUGAAAGCUCAGUUAGAUAGCCGACAGGAACCGAGGCUUGUGGUCGGCGAGGAUCUGCAAGUGCUUCUACCCGCUAUUAAGAUUUGGUGCGACUGGAUGCUCUGCCACAGCACUGUCUGGAAUCCACCGCCGUCUUGCACGGAUUACAGAGUCGGGCCGCCUGGAGAUGCAUGGAGUAGACUGGCGACAAUGGUGAAUCUUCUAGAAAAAUUAAAUUACACCAGGACAACCUUGAUUCAAGGCAAGGAUGCCGAGGGUCGCGAAGAAGAACUGGAGCUCGUCAAACUGCCGGAAGAUAUCACAUUGGCGGGGUUCACUCCUCUUAUGUCGAACCCGCAGGAUCCUUGUUAUGUUGAAAAAACGGAAGAUAUGGAAGUGGCUCAGGUGUGCCUCAGGAUAAGCAAGAUCCUCUUCUUCGGUCAAGAGUUCUUGUGCGGCUUGGAGACACCGGUGCUAAAACUGCAGAAGAGUGAGACCGGCGUUAGCGAAUAUGUCUCUGUGGUCGAAGCCUCGAGCGCAAGUUCACCGAGCUCGCCGCCGACACAGAGCGACUCGGAGCUCAUGGUGGAGAGUUACAGCGAAGGAGAGGAGGAGUCGAUUUCCACGUUGAGAAGAUUACCCUCGUGCGGCAGUAUGCCCGACGAUACGACGGCUCCCGUGGCGGCGGUCGAGAUAAGGUCGCUGAUCGAGAGGAAGGAGGAACUGGAGAGGCGGCAGCGGAAACAAGAUCGGCAUCGACAGCGGGUACAGGCAAUCUUGCAAAAGUCCUCGGUGUCGGUGGAAAUCGAAGUGAGACCGAGACAAUUGGUGCCGGAUACGAACUGCUUCAUCGAUUACCUGCCGCAGCUGCAGAUCAUCGUGAGGGCUACUGCCAGCGCGCAACCGAUAUACACACUUAUGGUGCCACUUGUCGUUCUAAACGAACUUGAAGGUCUGGCUCGAGGCGCCGACGCCAGGGACUGUCCUCCAGCGUCGAGGGCGACUUUGAACCCCGAGCAUGUGGCACGAGUGGCCGAGAGUGCUAAGGCAGCAUUGGCCUUCGCGAGGAGCCGAAAUCCAGCGAUCCGGUGCUUAACCACACGAGGCACCGUUCUCACAUCCAGCACUUUCACGGUGGAGGAAGACGUCGACAAGGAUGGACUGACGCGGAACGAUGAUAGGAUAUUAACUACGUGCCUCAGCCUUUGCAGGAGCAGCAAGGAUCAGACGAACGCAGAAGAGGGACAGCCGCGGCGUUUGAGACGGGAGGUGGUUCUGCUUACGGAAGACCGGAACCUCAGGGUAAAGGCUUUGGCCAGAGACGUGCCCGUAAGGGAAGUGCCCGACUUUAUGCAAUGGGCCGGGCUCGGCUGAGACGACGCGGCGUGAUCGCGACCAACUUCACUGAAGAGAGAUCUCCCGCGUUCCUGCCCGCGCGAGCCCGACCAAACGCAAGCAAGACCAAACGUAACAAGAGGAGGAAGCGAGAAGAGGAAGGGCGCUUCGGAACCGCGACGGAUUCUCCGUAGCGAAUCUUAUCGUGGCAGAUAAGCCAUGUGUGUACGCGCUGCAUCGUAGCGUAAGUUCAUCCUAAUAAACGGGUAUUCAGACUGCUUCCCGACGGUGUUCCUUUUUUUUUAUCUUUUUGUUUUCGAAAUUUUUGUACCUUGUCGGACGGAAGUACCGCUAAGUGCGGUUGACGAGAGAGAGAGAGAGAGAGAAAUCCGCAAAGGAUAAAAAGAGGAGAGAAUGAAAGCGCGCGCGAUCGCGUAAAAUACGCGAGUAAAAGUACAGUACGAACGAUGGGAAAGAAACAGUUCGCAGCCGUGUCGCUUGCCGUUUCGCUUGCCGGAAACACCGGCCGUUCGAGCACUCCUCGAGUAUAAGCGUGACACUUCCUACCUUGUAUCCCCUAACUGUUCCGUGUGUCUCGAACGUGUAGAUGCGAAAAUCCCGACGAGAGCCGCGGGGACCAUGUUGGCCGGAUGGCCCGAAAGACGCGUCGGGCGCAGGACACUCGCAGCUAUGACAUGCAGAGAGAGAUGCGCGACGAAGUACAUCGAAGUAAAUUCGAGGGACGAUCCGGACACGGGCUUUCCAAAGAAACGGAGCCAAGAGGAAGCGAAAGGAAAAAAAAAAUUUUUUAAAAAAGAAAUCGAAAAAGGAGCCGUGCUGUUCUUGGAGUUGUUAUCCCCGUUUGUAGAUUGUUUUUUAUCGACAACAGUCGCCUAUUGCGACCGGGAUGAUUAUUUUGUACGCUUUUGUUUGUCGAGAUUCACUUUGUUCACGAGUUGUUAUUAAAAUUUUUACGUCGUACGUACAUACGGUGUCGCGUUUGAGACGACGACGACGUCACUCGCGUCGUCAUAUUUCGCCGAUAAUCGCGAGACGCGUCUUUUUAUCGUCCCGCGCGUGAGUCCACCGUGACAUUUUCCAUGAGGCGAUUUCCCCUCCCCCCCAUUUUCCUGCCCCCCUUCCCUCUGCUCCUUAAACGUUAAAGUUAUUAACAUCAUUACCUUUGAGCUGCCAUGAAGUGAAUUGUUAGCGAUGGUUCAUUUUCAACGAACGAUUAUUCUGCGCCGCCUGAGAUACCGCCAAGGCCGAGCCCCGACAAUGGCGAUCCAGUAUGAUCGUUAAGCAUGUCACCCUCGAGCUCUCGUGAUCACGUUUGGAAAAACGACCGAAAAAUUUCUGCUCUCAGAAGCUAAACGUCGAAUUGCCCGCAAAAUGUGCACGUCUGUGCACGUCCGACAAUGCGCGAUCGUGUGAUUUAAUUGUAUAUAAUAUAUGAGUGUUGAUAUUUUUCAAACGAAAUAUUCAUAUCCGCAUAAUAUUGUAUGAUUUUGAAAUUACGCUCGAUCCCGUCGUCGAGAGGGCACAUUUUGCGCGUUCGAAUUCGAUUUUUGCGAAAGCGUUACUCUUUUUCCGGUUGUCUUCGGCGAACGUGCACGACGACCGACGAGGCGUGUGUUGUCUUUUUUCAUUGCCUGCGAGUACUCGCUUGCGUAGCUUAUACACUUAUGGUUCGCCGGCUUAAGACUUUACAAGUUUUUAGUGUAAGAAAAACGACGCGGAUCUUAAACUCCGCAGCGUGGAGAGGUGUGUGCGCGCACGAUUAUACGACCGUGUGGUGUUCUUUAAUAAUAUCAAAGACUAGCUUUUAUCGAUUUAAGCGAAGAAUUAAAUAUAUCCCGCAAGUGUGGCACGAUUUGCUAUUAUAUACAUUCCGUGUCGGAACUGUUUAACGAUGUUUUCGAGCGACGUCGUCAUCACACCGAUGUCAAUUUCAACCGGCUUCACCGGACGGGGGGGGGGGGGGUGUGAUCGCGAUCGAGCGCCGGGAUGGGAUUCGCGCGACUUUUUUCGAAUCGAGUGGCAACGCUCCGGGGAUCGCGUUUAUUAUUCUCACGACGAGAGUCAUCGAGGGACGCGCGCCGACAUUGGUGUUUUUAUCUUCGCGAUUUCUAGUAUUUCUCGGUUUUGCCGGACAUGUAUACGAGUGUACCUUUCGGGAGAGGAAACCUUUCGGAAGCGCACAGUGGUCGAGGUAUAGCGCGCGAGGAACUGCGGGACCGACGAUUGAGUAGCGAACACGAUGUCCUAUUUUUCGACAAAGAUAAUAGUUACUUAAUUCUCCGUAGCGUAUUAGAGAAUGUGCGAGGGUUUGUGAGAGAAAACGCGAGAGAGGGAGAGAAAGAAUGCGAGAGAAAAGAGAGAGAGAAAUAAAGCGAGAAAGAGGGGAGAAUGACAAUUAGAUUAACAGAGAAGGACGGUCGAAGAGGAAGGAGCGGAAACGUUUGACACAUUGAAGACCGGCGUCGACGAUAAAUCUCGAUGUUGCCCGACGUUGUCUCGUCGAAAUUCCUGCGAAUUAAAUCGGAUCGGUAAGUAGAAGAAGAGCCCACCCACUUGCACGCUGCCCGGGCAGAAUCGUUUCGCUACACUGUGAUGUUCCGCUCGAGAAGCCGCGCCGUUCGGGUAAAAGAAAGCCUCUGUGUCGGCCACAAGGGUGUCUGUACAGCGGGAUUUUAAGGGCACGCAAGAAGCAUAUUGAAAUAUAACUCUUCCGAUCUUGUCGUGAGAAAGCACCUUUUUUCUCGCGCGAGGGGAGAAAGAAAGGUCGAUGAAAUCUGUCUGUGUGUACGCGUACUCCACCGCUACUUACGAUUUCAUUGUUUCUUCCCGCGGAGAAAUGCGAUCGCAUGGAAUUCGCGAGCGGAGUAAACGCGAAUAGGGAUUUCGCGGAGCACAUCGAGGUCUCGAGCAUUGCUCAAUGUCGCCGCGAGAAGACGGUGAAGUAGCGUUCGUUAACGAUACUUUACAGGAUUCCGCAUCGGCGCGUUGAGAGGAGAGAGAAGAGAGAGAGAGAGAAGAAAGACAGAGAAGAGAGAAUGUGUGCAUGAGAGAAAGAGAAGUAUGCGAACUUUGCGCCUGCGAAGCUGUUCGUACUUCUCGUCCUUCGACGUGUCUGUUUGCUUUGGCGUCUUUUUCUUUUUUUCCCCUGCCACCUUCUCCCCCCGUCGCCGUUUUUAGCUCAAUUUUUUAUCCGAAACCACUGCGGUAGGAGAAAGUGUGGCGUAUCGAUGGAGUUCGACCAAGUCCACUCGAAGCACCGACGAUGUACACUGUCAUUAUGUUUCACUAAUUUUUAAGCAUAGUCCUUUUCGUAGCUUUUUAAUGUGCGCGCUCGGCCGCCGUAAGCGGCCGACAAUUGAUCCGCGGGCAGACGUCCGAGAUGUGGGAAAGGCGUGAGAGAGAUGGGCGGGCGAAAUCGAUUGCGCGAGUGCACCAAUAGUACAUAAAUAGCGUCGAAAGGUUUUUUCCACCUUCUCGUCAAGCCGGCGUUCUAUUUUGCGCGCGAACCAAAAGUUCGAAAAAUUGAACUCGGCAGAUCGACAUUUCGAUUCGACGGAAAAUAAUCCUUUUCUUUUUUUUUGUUCCGAUGAACGCUGCCCCGAUUAUUAUCAAAAGUGAGAAAAGAGACAAGGUACGUCGAAUACGAGUGGAGUAUUUUCUUUUGCAACAGAUACAUUUCUCGCGCGCGCACAAUCGGCUGUCGGCUUUCUGAAGGAGGGAGAACUGAUCGAUAGUAUCCGAUAUCUAGUUAUACGAAACAACAAUCAGGGUAUAGUUUGCAAUUGUAUUCCGGGCAUAUCACACAAACACACACACACACACACAUACAAUGUUUAUCAUCGCAAUAGUUUCUGCAAUAGUUGUAGCAGUGCAAUAGACACUCUAUAAGCCACCUCGGUAAAACUAUCCGUCCCUCCUUGCCCUCUUUUUCCCCCUCCAGGAUCACGGAUCCAUUCUCAUCAUUUCAAUACAACACAUAUCUCCACUUGACUCACUCCGGUCUUUGAAGUUGCAAAAGGAUCUUGCAAGGGACCGGCUUCCUCCGAUCGGCUUGCGCGAUCGAGUUCACGUUUAGCCCGUGCUUGAAAGAGAUUGAGAACAAUGUCUGAAUAAUAGGUAGACAAUUGACGUAAGAUAGACAUCGUGAUUUUUAGAGCCGAUUUAUCGCGGAAGCCCAUCCGCUUCCGGGAUAACUCUCACACCGUAAGUGUACCUAUACCUAUAUUGUAUAUAGGUAUAUAUAAUUAUAUAUAAUUAUACGUACGUAUUAUAUAUAUAUAAUUAUACAUAUAUAAAUACACCCACUUGUCACUGAUUUUAUGCUAGAUUCUCGCAAUUUAUCUCUAAUAAAUUUAAGUACGUGUAUCAUUAUGUGACGAAGCAAAGGGAUCGCGAUUCGUUUGUAUUUCGUCUUGGGUGAAGAUGAUAAUUGCCGAUUACGAUGACGGAGAUGAUGAAAGUGUGAGGAUGAUGCUACGAAGCAAGCGUUUUUAGGCUAAUCUGUUUAUUACACAUUAUGAGAAAUGUCGCUACUAAUAGUGUUACCACUUUGAAUAUUCAAUAAAAAGUGACGUUGAAACUAG